CAAGAACAAGAUUGCCCUGAAACAUGACCCUUAGAUAGAAGAAGAUCUGCGUAACUGGAUAGAAGAGGUUACAGAGCUGAGCACUGGUGCAAACUUUCAACUGGGAUUAAAAGAUGGCAUAAUCUUAUGCGAGCUUAUAAAUAAACUCCAGCCAGGAUCAGUGAAGAAAAUUAAUCAAUCAAAGCUAAAUUGACACCAGCUGGAGAACAUUGGGAAUUUUAUCAAAGCCAUCCAAGUCUACGGCAUGAAGCCACAUGAUAUUUUUUAAGCAAAUGAUCUUUUUGAAACUGGAAAUAUGACUCAAGUGCAGACUACUCUAGUGGCACAGAGGGUCUGGCAAAACCAAAAGGUUUUCAUACUACAUACAUACAUACGUCUUGGUGUCAAAUAUGCAGAGAAACAAGCACAAAGGUUUGAUGCAGGAAAACUAAAAGCUGGUCAAAGUGUAAUUGGCCUGCAGAUGGGCACCAACAAGUGUUCCAGGCAGGCAGGCAUGACUGCAUAUGGAACUAGAAGACACCUUUAUGAUCCAAAAAUGCAAACUCAUAAGCCAUUUGACCAGAUGACAAUUAGCCUACAGAUGGACACUAACAAAGGAGCCAGUCAGGCUGGUAUGCUGGCACCAGGUACCAGGAGAGACAUCUACAAUCAGAAGCACAUAUUACAAACUGUGGAUAACUCAACCAUUUCACUACAAAUGGGUACCAAGAAAAUGGCUUCACAGAAAGGAAUGAGUGUGUAUGGGCUUGGACAACAAGUGUAUGACCCUAAGUACUGUGCUGCACCAACAGAAAUGAAAUGCAGAAACAGUUUGGUUUAA